AUGGGUGAUUUGAAGCGGCUCUUCCGGCUGCUGGACAGCAGCAUUCUGGAUGAAGCCAAGCCGGUGGGCGGGCGAGGCGAGAGGGAGGCGGAUGACAUUUCUGGAGGCUCCGCCUUAUGGAUCUCUGCACUGCAUGGGCCGCCUGUAUGUGUGUGUGUGUGUGUUCAGGUGUCGUACACUUUGUUGUGUCAGCGGGCAGACCUCGACCUCUCAUCGGAUGGGGCCAAACGGUCAGCCUGUAGGAGGGACUGAUGCACAGACAUACACACAGCCCUUCCACGCGCGCACACACCGGAGCAGCACAGCAAGGGGAGGUGUGGCUGAUCUGUGCCGCUGAUCUGUCGUUUUAUGUCUGUCAUCCGUCCACCAUGUCAUCAGGUUGUUGUUCGCCUAUUUGGAGCACAAGCAAGGCACGGACGAUGCCACCAAGGUAGCGGGCGACUAUGUGGUGAGCGGCCGGCUCAAGGGCGCGCCCAAUCGCAGCAAAGUCAUGAUGGCCACGCAAGACACCCUGGAGGGUGAGCGCUGCGCCCAACCAACAGGAACAGCGGCAUGACGUACGUGUGUAUCUUCUUCCAUACCAUACCUUCCUGCAGAGUUGAAGGGCCUGUUUGACGAGUCCCGUGAGAUCGGGGUGUUUGUGCACACAGUCCGGCCCGCCGCCAUCGAGCCCAAGGACGCCGCGGCCAUUGUGCACCACGACGUAGACGCGCGCACACACAGAGAGAGAGCGGGCAGACAGAAGUUUGCAGGGAUAGCCCUGUUUCUUCUUUUGUGUGUGUGUGUGUGUGUGUGUGCGUGUUGUUCAGCUGGUUGAGGAGGCCAAGAGGAAUCUCGCGAAUGCCGCAAAGGACGGCACAUUCGCCACGGCAGGGUGAGAGAAAACACAAAGACUGCCCUCCCUCCCCUGCCGCUGCAUGAUGCGAUGCGCCUCAUACACUGCCUGCUCUUGUGUUCUGUAGGUAUGCUGACUUCCCUAUGCUGGCCAACACCAUCCGCCAAACCCCCGGAGCCGCCCCCAAACCAUCGCCCGAAGAGUACACACGCCCACAUGGACACACGGACACACACGCAACGCGAACAGCACUCCCAUCUCCUCUGUCUGUGUUUGUGUUUGUGUGUGUGUGUGUCUGCAGGAAGGACGACGGUUCCCCGAAGGAUGCCGCCGCUGCUGCUGCUGCUUCUGGUGGUGCGGGUGGUGCGGGUGCCGGGACGUCCAAGGCCGGCAGCAAGGCCCAGCCGAAGGGCAAGGGCGGCAAGGGGGCGUCCAAGCCGGUGCAGAAGAAGGGCGCGAUCCACUCCUACUUCACCUCCCAAUCAGCAGCCAAUAAGAAGGACAAGGACAAGGCACAGCCCUCGUCGGCUGCGGCUGCGGCAGCAGCGGCAGCAGCUGCAUCGUCGUCGAGCAACAGUCGUGGCGGAGGGGGAGGGGGAGGGGGGACGGGCAGCGGCACGGGGGACAGGGACCAGAGGAUGGGUAAGACCCGAGACACUCGACACACGGCGAGGGAGGGAUGGAGAAUGUCCUCUGUGUGUGUGUUUGUGUGGGUGUCUGUCUGUUGUGUGCCUGCGCGCCAGAUGAGGAUGACGACAUGGAUGGUGACGUCGUGAUGGCCAAUGGCGACAGCAACGGGGGCAUGGUGGAUGACGACGCGGCACGGCAGCUGUUCGGAGGUCGUCAGCUAGCCUGCUGAGCUUGCUGACAUCCAUGUGAAAUUUACACGUGUGUGUGUGUGUGUGUGUUUGUCAGAUGACAGGAUGGAUAUCGAUGGCGAGGCUGACAACGACCCGCCGCAGAAGGUCUACACCCAGCGGCAGAAGGUGCAGAGCACCAAGACCUUCAAGGAGGGCAACUACCUAGGUCGGUGAGCCAGACAGAACCGAGACGCAGCACACCCCUUACCCAGUUGUGUGCUCUCUCUCUCUCUCUCUUUCUUUCCGUUGUGUUCAGUGACUGAGGACGUGACCGAGUUCAAGGAGGUGCCGGUUGCCAAGCCCAAGCCCAAGCCGUCCGCUGCGUCUUCCCGGUCUGGCCUCAGCAAGCCCACCGCAGCGCAGCCCAAGAAAGGAGGUACCUGAAGCAGAAAGACACACAGACAGAGAGACAGACAGACAGACACACCGACAGACAAAGUGGCCGGCCCGGGGAUGGAUGACCUUCGUGUGAUGUGAUGCCUGCAGGUCGUGGCAAAGGCGGCAACAAUAAGGACAAGGCCGCCAACCAGUCGUCCAUCACGUACGCAACGCAUUCAACACUCACGGUGGCAGGCCUGUGUGUGCAUCGUCCAUUGCAUCUUUGUGCGCCUCUCUCUCAGGAACUUCUUCCAGCGGAAGUGAAGCGUCGUGUGACGGUGCCAGCUGUCGGCCGAUCGCAGUGCAUUCCCGCCCCGCCCCGCCCCGCCAUGUGUGUAGAGGGAGCAGGGGAGCCAGAGACGGCAGAAAGGGUUUUGGUUAGGUGUGCAGAUGUGCAGACACGCAGAGAGAGGGUCGGUCACUACAGAGUCACUUAGUCGACAGGGGAUGGACGGAUGGGGUGGGGGGCGGUCUAGUUGGCGUGCGCGCGCCCAUGCGUGUGUGUGUGUGUGGACGUCACACAGAUGAUACAGAUGCUGGCCGACAGUGACACUCUCAUGUGCGUGUGUUUUUGUGUGUUGCGAUGAAACGGUUCAUUGAAUGUAUGUAGGC